AUGUCGGAGCUGAGUGAUGAGGCAAGUGAACCAGAACUUCUGAACUGUAGCUUAUCCAUGUGGCAUGGGCUCGGUGCACAGGUCAGCUGGGAGGAGCUGGAUGUCCCCUUGGAUCUGCACACUGCUGCAUCCAUUGGCCAGUACGAGGUGGUGAAGGAGUGUGUCCAGCGGAAAGAGUUGGAUCUGAAUAAGAAGAAUGGUGGCGGCUGGACUCCACUGAUGUAUGCUUCCUAUAUUGGACAUGAUACCAUUGUGCAUCUACUGCUUGAGGCAGGGGUUAAUGUGAAUGUGCCCACCCCAGAAGGGCAAACCCCGCUGAUGCUGGCCUCCAGCUGCGGCAACGAGAGCGUUGCCUACUUCCUCCUGCAGCAAGGUGCUGAGCUAGAAAUGAAGGACAUCCAGGGCUGGACCGCCCUUUUCCAUUGUACAAGUGCUGGCCACCAGCAGAUGGUCAAGUUCCUCCUGGAGAGUGGCGCCAAUGCCAACACUCGGGAGCCAGUGUACGGGUUCACACCGCUGAUGGAAGCAGCAGCAGCUGGCCAUGAGAUCAUCGUGCAGUAUUUCCUAAACCAUGGAGUCCAGGUGGACACCCAAGACCACAAUGGUGCCACAGCCCGGAUGCUGGCCAAGCAGUAUGGACACAUGAAGAUCGUGGGGCUGAUCGACACCCAUGCCCCAGCCCUGCCUGCCAGCCUCUAUCGGAGCCCAGAAAAGUAUGACGAUCUAAGCUCAUCCGACGAAUCCUGCUCUGUUCCUCAGAGGCAGAGGCCAUGUCGGAAAAAGGGCCUCAGUAUCCAUGACGGGCCUCGUGCCUUGGCCAGAAUCACCGCCAUUGGGCUUGGGGGCAGGAGCCAGCUGCCUUGCUACGAGCAGGUGCCUCCACGGGGUUAUGUCACCUUCCACAGCAGUGAUGAGAACCCACUAGGAGGGGACCUUUGCCACCGGGAUGUCACUUCCCCCAUUAAUGACCGUGAUGUGGAGAGCAGCAGCAGCAGCAGCAGGGAAGAACACGUCUUCUGUGCCAACUGUGGUACUGGCCGGAGCAGCAGCAGUGAGAGGCUGGUUAGAACCCCGGGCCUCAGCAGCGAGGCCUCUCUGGAGAGCAAUGAGGAUUCAGACCAGGCCCAGAAAAGCUCAGUUCGCAAACAAACAAAAAGCUACAUGAAGACCAAGAGCCGUUUCAGCCACACUGACAGCCAGUGGUCUCCCAGCACCAGCUGCCCUUCGGGAUCCAGCCCCCAAGCCCAAAGGCCUGCCUACACAGGACCCCAGGACCUGCCCACACUGUUGGAGCAGAUCGGAUGUCUUAAGUACCUGCAGGUGUUCCAAGAACAGGAUGUGGACCUCCGCAUCUUCUUGACCCUCACUGAAAGUGACCUGAAGGAGCUCGGUGUCACGUUGUUUGGGCCCAAAAGGAAGAUGACCUCUGCCAUUGCCCGCUGGCACAGUAGUGCCCACCCCCCGGGGGACGCUCUGGAGCUGGCCUAUGCUGACCGUCUUGAGGCGGAAAUGCAAGAACUGGCCAUUCAACUGCACAAACGCUGUGAGGAGGUGGAGGCUGUACGGGGCCAAGUGUCACAGGAACAGGAGCUGCGGGCUGUGGUGGAGGGCUGUCUCCUGGAGCAAGACAGUGCCCGCAAGGCCACACACGCUCAGCUCCAGGAGACCAGGGCUGUUGUCAUGGAUGCCACCCUUGUCCUGGACCAGCUGCGAGCCUGCCAAGCAGAGCUAUCGGCCCGGGUGCAGCAGAAUGAGUCUCCAGGUGGCACAGCCCUGGGUCCAGCUAUCCCCAUGUCUGAUUACAUGGACUGGCAGGCGUCACUGCGGGCCAUGAGCCUGCCGGAGCUGUCGGGGACCCUGGAAGACCGAGUCCGGAAGAUGGGACAGGCACUAUGCUUGGUGACCCAGAGCCUGGAGAAGUUGCAAGAGCUGAAUGGGCACCAGAGCUGGCGGGAGCCGUAG